AGAUGUACUUAAUGGGUCUGUUAAAGAAUUCAAUCCCCACGUUCUAGAUUUAACAAAUAACAAUGCAGAAGAUCAUGAUCAUUGGGAAGUUGUUGAUGAUGGUGUUAGUGUAGUGAGCAUGGCUGGAACGGAAGACGAGACUGCAUCUGUAACUAAAGAGGUUCAAACUAAGCAAGAAAAGAUCGCACCCUCAGUAAAUGCACCUAAAACACCAAAUUUAGAAUCUACUUUUACGAAAGAUUCCGAAAUUUCUCGAUCAUCACCGCCACCGUCUUCAUUUUCGUCGCCGCUCUCAGACGAAACAUCAUCAUCACAAUCUACAUCAUUACAACAAUCAAAUCCGUUAGCUGACCAAAUUAAAAUAUCUAAUUCAGUUAGCGAAAAACCGAGUUUAAUAUCAACUACUCAAUCUCGAUCAUCUCCCAGGGGAGUAAAGCCAACAUCAAUUUCGAUACCCAAAUCGAAGAUGAAAUUUAAUGAUACACUGAAUGAUUCAGAUAAGCGUAGUGUCAGUACACCAAAAUCGUCCAUUGUAUCGAAUUCAAAAUAUAGCUGGAUGGUUGAAGGUUGCACAGAAGAUGAUGAUAAUUCAUUAUUUAACCCUAAAAGAUCUAGCAUCAUAGGUAUUAGUGGAUUAUCUAGCUAUUCUUCAGAACGUACGAACUAUGGAUAUCUAGAUGGUCCAAUAGAGGAUCAGGACCAAUUUGAAAAAUCAACUUCUUCAAACUUAACACAAAAACGUUCAAAAAGCACAACUCCUUCCGAACGUAAUAGAAGUGAAAACAUAGGAACAGCAUCUUCAAUGAAUAUUAUGAAAAAAGCUAAUAAUAAUGUGACACCUGCGAUUCCUGUUGAAGAUCCUUUAGGAGUUUUGUAA